UUGAGAUAUUCAGCUCUUUUAUUUUGUAAAUUGUGUGCCGUUCUUGCACGAUCUUGAGGAUUAUCGUUCCCGAUGGUGAAACACGACGAGUAAUUUUCAAACAAUCGUUCACGAUAUUCGACCGAUGGAUACCGCGAUGUAAAACUAGCUCGAUUAUUUUUCGAGGCGAGAUAAGAGAGAGAGAGAGAGAGACAGACAGACAGAGAGAGAGAAAGGCUGAUGAGGACAGUAGCGGUCGGGCCGGGUCGUCGAAGUUUCCUCUCGUCACUCGACGCUACUCAGAUCGCGCUUACGGCCGAGAGGAGGGUUAGAGUCAUCGGCAAUCUUUCGUACGGUCACGCGUCACGAGUAGAGAUGAGGAUGGCAAGAUUGGCCGUACGGGCCGGCAGGUGCGCGAUGAAAACACUCAUCUCGCACGGUGGAAACGAUCUGUUCGGUGCGGUUGCGGCGUCGAGGACACCGCUUUUCACCGCAGCACGCUCCAUAACCACAACACGAUACUUGAGAACUGAACGAUGGUACACCGAUAAGCACGAAUGGGUAACUGUAGACACCAAAGUGGGCACAGUCGGUAUAUCUAAUUAUGCGCAAGAGGCGCUCGGAGAUGUGGUUUACGCGCAACUUCCCGACGUGGGAUCCAUGAUCAAGAAAGGAGAGGAAUGCGGUGCGCUAGAAUCGGUGAAGGCAGCUUCGGAAUUGAUAAGCCCGGUCAGUGGAAAAGUUAUAGAGAAAAACGAGUCGAUCGAAGAUAAACCUUCGUUAAUUAACACAUCUUGUUACAAGGACGGUUGGCUGUUUAAGGUAGAAUUAAGCGAACCGGACGAAAUUAAGAGUCUAAUGAACGAGGAGAGUUACAACAAGUUUCUAACAGAAACAGACGCACAUUGAACUCUGAUAUCACAUCUAUAUACGUUUUCUAAUGUACGUGUGAACCAAAUUAUUAUUCGACAAUUAUGUAUCAGUGAUCGGACUUUGAAGAUAUUAUUUCGUUACACAGUCACGUUAGGGAAUGAUAACGAUUACGAUAGAAAAAUAGCUAAUUUUCAAAAAAACAUAAUAAUGAUAAAAGACUGUCUCUCGAAGAAGGCAGCUUGUUGCAAUGAUUUGUUGUAUUGACAUAGUAAUUUAAUCAGAACCAUAGGUAAAAUAAAUAACACUGCACACGCAAUUGCACACGCACUACGCACGUGACUUGGAUGUCACGGACGUAGAGUAUAUUCCUAACCGAAUAUACUUUCUGCGUUACAAUUUUUAUGCACCGCAGAUCACACGGGGUUCACAUCACACUACAUACGCUAUUGUAUUCAUUAUAAAUAUAUAUAUAUAUAUCAUGGUGCACGAAGAGGAUGAGAUUAACGUUAAUAUUUUUUACAUCACGUGUAGAAUUAUACAGCUGAAUUCACGUAUUUGAUCAUUUCAUUUAAUAGAAAUUAAGUAACAACUAUAAGUAACACAUGUGUGCGUGUUAAUUAUAAAUUAGUAUAUACAUAUGUACGUGUAUAUAUACUAAUUUGUUAAGUAAUAAGAAAAGUCAAUAUACGGAGCAUUUAGCGUUUGAUUUUUUUACUAGUGCAACACGUAGCCUCACACAUUCGUGUUAGGAUUCAUGGCAUAGUGUCUUAUGUUACUAAUUUAGUCGAAUUAAUAUAUGACUCACACUAAAGCAUCACAUGUACGAAAGAUUAUAUAACGUAAAAAUUCAAAUGUACAAAGAUGCUUCUUGUUGAUGUUUUCACAUGAAAGAAUGAUAGAUGAUUGCGAUAGUUGCGAUAUCUUUAUUAGUCACUGUGCAAUGUUCGUCGUCUCGUAUUUAUACAAAGCAAAAACAAAUAUACAAGUUGUUUGACAUACAUGAAUAACAGCAUUCAAGUUACGAAUUAUGAUAAUUGUCUUGUUCCGUGUGUGCACGAAGGCAUUGAAAUUUUGUAAUAAUUGUACAUUCUAACGAGUGACUGAAUUAAUCAUAAAAUACUACUAUCUUUAAAUCUCGCAAAAUGGCAUACUGAUUGAUAUCUAUAUAUCCUAUCAAGUUUUUUAACUUUCGCGGAAUUUGAUCUCUCACAAUUUCACAAUCUGGUAACGAUCUUUAAUAUCGAAUAAGGGAAUACUAUCUCGUCUCGUAUGGGGUCAACCAGUACAAUAUAUAAUAUAAAAAAAUAGCAUUAUAACUCUAGAAAGGAACAGUUAUCUGUUAAUAUAAUAAAGAUAUAUUUACAGUCAAUUAUAAUGUUUUUUUUCUACAUAAUUUACAAUUGCCAACUGCUAAUGGCAGUGUUAACAACGCAUAAUAGUUCCUUUUUUCCCCCUUUAAAACUUUAUUCCAACGAUUUAUCGGGCCGAAGAAUCACAUCGAUAUUAAAUAAGAUCAUUGCCAAUCAUAAUUGGUAACUGUACAUAUUUAACACAAUGUACAUAACGCUGCGAUCGUCGUAUUCUCUAGUUACAUUUGUUAACACGUCGUAACAGAUCGAAUCAUUAUGAUGGAAGUAUAUAUAACAACGACAAGUCGAUUUAGAGCUACUUUUAGAAGAGUUUUUUCUUUCCCUCACAUUGCUAUGGAUAUUGAUGCUCGCGAAUGACAUUUGUUCCAAAAUCAUCAGACCGACACGUUUAACGGGCAGCCUCGAAGAAGAGUAAAAAUAAAUAAAACGUAGCAUAAAUGUUGUCUCAAUAAAACAGUGAAGUCCAAACAAUUUAAAAAUAAUUUAAAAACAACUCUAGAAGGCAUUAAUCCUCAUACUUGUUAUCUUUUUGAUUCUUUGAAUCAUUGGAUUUCCUUUCGACGUUUACAAUUGGUUUCUCUCAACUCUGACAGCAGUAACUAUGCUUUCCUAAUUAAUACAUGGUAAAUGACACGAUUAUAAACUAAUGUGCCGAAAAUACAAUAAUAAUAAUAAUAGUAAUAAUAAUAAUAAUAAUAAUAAUAAUAAUAACUAAGGCCUAAAAAAUAACAUGGACAUACAAUGGAUACGAUAUUUUAAUUAGUUGUAUUACAUAGCUCGGUAGCUUCUUAUGCGUAAUUAUACACACUACACGGAUUAAAAGUAGCUGUUUAUGCAUGUUACAUUCAUUCAUUCCAUUCAAAUUGCUAUCUGGGCGUCUAUUCUGAGGUAUGUGGUUACUAAAAAUGUAAAAGUAUAAAAACUUAAUACAGAAAUAUGAAGAGGUAGUCAUUCGUGUCUGAGUUAAAUAAAAAUAAUCUUUUCCAAAGAGAGAGGGAGCGUCGUAAAUGUAUGUGUGAGAGUGAUAAGCCUAGAGACUGUCUCCGAUGGUGUUCAACGUGAGAAGAACCGGACGAUUUGUAAAUUUUGGGAACAUUAGCGUAUUCUACAUUGGCGUGUGUGUGUAUAUGUGUGUAUGUGUUGUGUGUGUGUGUCAAACUUGACGGCGGACAGAGGAUCUUUACUCACGUGAUAAAUAUAUACGAUACAUUGUCGAUCAAAUAAUUGUUGCGAUGUAACAAUCAUAACUUGUAAUAAUAAAAAUUAUAACAAUAUCGUUA